UAAGCAGUCUAUCAAAGUCAGUCGUCUGAGGAAGACGCGUGUAGACUUUCGAAAAAAAAAAAAAAAAACGACAAUUCAACAGUGUGGAAAAUUAUAUUUUCACGUAACAGUCGACGUCGCAAAGCUCGUGCUCGAGACAAUAAAACCAGCAUGGGCCUUACAAAGAGCUGCGCUAUCGAUACGAACGAAACGCCGGGCAUCUUCAAGAUCUCACCUCCGUCGGACAACAGAAACGAGAUCGACAACAGAAUCUCGAUAUCGAUCAGGGACGAGGACGAGAAAGACAACAGGGCGCAAUGGGGAAACGCGGUCGAGUUUCUUAUGUCCUGCGUCGCGUUCUCCGUCGGUCUCGGAAACGUCUGGCGAUUCCCGUACACGGCCUACGAGAACGGCGGCGGCGCUUUUUUGAUCCCGUACAUAGUGGUGCUCUUCAGCAUCGGCAAGCCGUUUUACUACAUGGAGAUGAUUCUCGGACAGUUCACCAGCAGAUCCUGCGUCCAGAUCUGGUCCGUGUCGCCUGCGUUCCAAGGUAUCGGCUACGGCGUGGCGGUGUCGGUGUUCUCUGUGAUUACUUACUAUUGCGCUCUGAUGGCCUUGACACUUUUUUACCUGGUGGCCAGUUGUCAGUCGGUUCUCCCGUGGGCCUAUUGUUGGGAUGAAUGGGGCGAGGAUUGUUUCGACAGCACGUCAGCCAAUGGAAAAAAAAACGGAAGCAGUUCCGCCGAUCUGUAUUUCAGAAAGUAUGUUCUCAAUGAAGCGGGAAUCGAGAACGGACUCGGCUUACCUUCGUGGAAACUGGUGCUGACGUUGUUCGUGAGCUGGAUAUUCGUCUUUUUGGUGAUCUGCAAAGGCGUGAAGAGCACCGGCAAAGCGGCUUAUUUCCUGGCUCUUUUCCCGUACGUCAUCAUGAUCACACUUCUGAUCAGAGCGGUUACGUUGGACGGUGCGGUGGACGGUAUCAUCUUUCUCUUCACCCCCGUGUGGCACAAGAUUCUGGAACCGUCGGUCUGGUACGCCGCUGUCACUCAGUCGUUCUUCUCCCUCGGCGUUUGCUUCGGGGCUGUGACCAUGUAUUCGUCCUACAACAAUUUCGAUCACAACGCGGCUAGAGACUGCACGAUCGUGACGACUCUGGAUCUCUGCACGAGUCUGAUGGCGGGAACGACCAUUUUCGGGAUCCUGGGCAAUCUCGCUCACGAGACCGGCAGCGAAGAUAUCAGUACUGUCGUUCGCGCGGGGACCGGUCUGGCCUUUGUGUCUUAUCCGGAAGCAUUGGCGAAAUUCACGGUGAUACCGCAGCUUUGUGCGGUGCUCUUUUUUCUGAUGCUCUUCGUGCUGGGUAUAGGCACCACCGUUGCCUUCUGCAACGUCAUCAUCAGCAUCGUAAACGACCAGUUUCCACGGCUCGAUCAGUGGAAAAUCGCGGCCGGACUUUCGAUCCUUGGCUUCGGCUUCGGAAUUGUUUACUGUACACCCGGUGGCCAGUACAUUUUGAAUUUGGUGGACUAUUUCGGUGGGACCUUCAUUAUCGUGUUUCUGGCCUCGUUCGAAGUAAUAGCCGUUUCCUGGGUUUACGGCGUUGAUAACUUCAUGGACGACAUUGAGUUCAUGGUGAAACGUCGACCGUUCUUCUACUGGCGAUUUUGUUGGUGCUACCUGACUCCUAUAUUUCUGUUCACCAUUUUAAUUUACUUUUUGAUCAACAUGACGCCGAUCAUGUACAACGGCGAGUACUAUCCGACAUCAGCGUACGUUGCGGGCUGGAUUCUCUUGGCCUUGGGAAUAAUUCCGCUUCCUCUGGGCAUGAUCGUCGCCGGAAUUCGAAAUAAAAGAAAGUCGUGCUUAGAUAUGUAUAAGCCGAGCGCCGAUUGGGGCCCAAAAAACUCUAAAAAAUAUGACGAGUGGCGGGACUUCAAACAUGCGAAAAACAUAGCACGACUCGGCGCUAAAAAAUCGAAAGUUAUAGCUGCGCUGGUUGGCAAAAAUUGAUGUAUGUAAAUAAUAAUAAGAUAAGAAAAACUAAAAAUAAUAGUAAAACUACUUGUAUUUUUUGUAUAUU